AUGCUCUGCAUGUUGCAGGGUGUUGGACCCAGUAUAGCCAUAAGUUUUUCAGUUUAUGAGACUUUGAGAUCCUACUGGCAUUCUCAAAGGCCCAAUGAUUCUACAGUAGCGGUCAGCCUUGCUUGCGGCAGUCUUUCUGGGAUUGCUUCAUCAACAGCAACUUUUCCUUUGGAUCUUGUGAGGCGAAGAAUGCAAUUGGAAGGGGCUGCUGGUCGAGCCCGUGUGUACAAUACUGGAUUGCUUGGGACAUUUCGACACAUAAUCCGUGCAGAAGGCCUACGUGGUUUAUAUAGAGGGAUCAUGCCAGAAUACUAUAAGGUUGUUCCAAGUGUAGGGAUCGUUUUCAUGACAUAUGAAACGCUGAAGAAACUCCUAUCGCAUUGGCCGAUCAAUUCCUAG